GAUGAAAUCAUUGGCUGUGGAAGUGGGACCUGAGUGGCACCUGGCCUUUGAAGGUAGCUACUUGUACCCUAACCCGAGUUCUCUUGCUGACAGAAGGUUCGAGGGACUUUUUUUGCCACAUGUGUACAUUUUCAGAACAAGCUGUUUAAUUGGCUGUCAAUAAUGGGAAGAACCUACAUUGUAGAAGAGACUGUUGGUCAGUAUCUUUCAAGUAUUAGCCUCCAGGGAAAACCUUUUGUCUCUGGUCUUUUGAUAGGACAGUGUUCUUCACAAAAGGAUUAUGUGAUUCUUGCCACUAGAACACCACCCAAAGAAGAACAAAAUGACAACCUCAAACAUCCGAGAGCUAAGUUGGAUAAUUUGGAUGAAGAAUGGGCCACAGAACAUGCCAGCCAGGUGUCCAGAAUGCUCCCUGGAGGACUUGUGGUUCUUGGAAUAUUUAUUAUCACAACUUUAGAACUAGCAGAUGACUUUCAAAAUGCCCUGCGCAGACUAGUAUUUUCUAUGGAAAAAUCUAUGAGUAGAAAAAGACUAUGGAAUGUCACAGAGGACGAGGUCUCAGAACGAGUGACACUUCACAUUUGCUCUUCUACAAAGAAAAUAUCUUGUCGAACUUAUGAUGUUCAUGAUCCAAAGAGUUCGUCAAGACCUGCAGAUUGGAAGUAUCAGAGUCGAGUGUCUGCCUCAUGGCUGUCUUUAGAUUGUACUGUUCACGUUAACAUUCACAUCCCACUGUCGGCUACUUCUGUCAGUUACAGUCUGGAAAAAAACACAAAGAGUGGACUUACACGCUGGGCCAAGCAAAUAGAAAAUGCUGUUUAUCUGAUUAAUGGACAAGUUAAAGGCAACGAUUGUGACCUAUUAGAAGGACAGAAAAAAAGUAGAGGAAAUACGCAAGCAACUGCUCAUUCUUUUGAUGUCCGAGUGCUAACACAGUUGCUCCUGAAUCCAGACCACAGAUCCACAGCCACAGUCCAGAUCUGCAGUGGGUCUGUAAACCUCCGGGGAAAUGUGAAGUGCAGAGCUUAUAUCCAUAGCAACAGACCCAAGGUUAAAGAUGCUGUGCAGGCAGUGAAGAGAGAUAUUUUGAACACAGUUGCUGAUCGCUGUGAAAUACUAUUUGAGGACCUGCUUUUGAAUGAAACUCCAGAAAAAAAAAAUUAUGAGCUUCCUCAGCGAGUUUUUGUUCCCCUUCCUGGAUCAACGGUAAUGCUAUGUGAUUAUAAAUUUGGCGAUGAAUCAGCUGAAGAAAUCAGAGACCAUUUUUCAGAGAUGUUAGAUCAUGAGAUUCAAAUAGAAGACUUGGAAAUUGCAGAGGAAGUAAACACAGCUUGUAUGACUUCCUCUGUGAAUAGUGAGGCUUCACUGACCCACACAAGUGAUGACCAACCUGAACAACCAAAAAAAACCAUAGGAGUGAAAAUUCAGCAAAACAUAGGUGUGAUCAUAGCACUAGCAGUUGCAAUGCUUGCUGCGGGCAUCUCCUUCCAUUACUUCAGUGAUUAGGGGGAGGCCCAAAGAGCUUCCUGAUCAUCCAGAAAUCACUGAUCAACAGCUACAAAAAUAAAGACGUCAAUGGUUACCUGCACUGAACCUAGCAACGAGCUCUGCUACGAUGAUGUCUGUUAGAUGAGUUUCUGACUUACAUGAAAUCACCAGCUGCCUUGCUUAGCCCUGCUUUUAUUGUCUGGUCCAGGUUUCCAAAAGUAAACUGUGCAUCUAAAUGGAGUUGCAUGUAACAGAUCACUAUUAUGUGUUUUCAGAAAGGUCAAAAUGUGAGCUAUUGUUUAGUGCUAUUGAGCCAGAUCACACAUUGAUCAGAAUAUUGAAACUUUAAGCAGUCAGUAGCAACCAUAGCACAUGUAUCAUCAGGAAUUAUCUUCAUCCUAAAGGACUUUUCUAAUAUGCAUCCAGCUGCAGUACUUUAUGGACAUUGUUUAAAUUGGAGGCCAUGAAUACUGUUUUAAGUAUACACAUGGACUGGUUUUUUGGAUGGCAGAUGCCAGUAGCAGCACUACAGUAUGUGUUUGCCUCAAACCAGAAACAAACAGAAAUGUAAAUCUGAGAUGCUAUUGUAUUUAGAGCAGUUAAUAUUUAGCAGCUUUCCCAUGUAGUUCUGUGAAGCUCCUGGCAGAAAUAAGCUAGAAACAUUCCUAACUUAGGCCCAAGACUCCCAUAAGUUAUGAUCAAGCAAUAUUGUUUCCUGAUUAUGUAUCAUGAGUAGAAGAUGCAGUGAGAUGGGGAGAAAUAAACUAUAGGAAAAAAAACCCCAAAAAGCACUGAAGUCAUUUCCUAAGGUUUACAUCAACAAUGUAGAGAGUAACAGGCAGAGCCAUAGUGUGAGUAAAAGCCAAGUAGUGCUUCUUGGAAUGAGGAGGAGAGGAACCUGCAGGCUGUUGGGUGGGAGUAGACUCGGCUGAGAGCUCAGAGAAGUGGAAGGUGGAGCAGCAGGACUGGGAGGAGGGAGGAGAGACAAGGUCUAGGAGAACCAGGAGGGAGAAUGGAAGAGAGGCACCACUUAGACAACAGGUUUCUGCACACACAUUAUCAAACAGACUUAUAAUUGAAGAAGCAAACAAACAGAUCCACAAGUGAACCACAAGUAUGAAACAAGGUUCCUAAAAAGCCAAAGGGGCUAUAAAGAUGCUAGCUAAGGCAAGUCAGUCAGUCACAGUAGACCCCCAGUAGCAACAGUGUACCCAAGAAGGUAAAAUCCCUUCAUAAUUGUGAGGGGAACUGUGAGAAUUGGUGCCAAGUGAAACUCAGAAACAAACCUUCAUUACAGAAACUGAAAAUGGAUGGUCCUUGAUGAGAAAAAUUACUCAAGAAGCAAGAUUUGAAAUUAAAGUGUUAAUGAAGAGACAAAACGAUCAAUAUUGUAAAUUUAAAGUGUUAUUUGUAUAAGACAAUCAUAAUGAAGUAUUUAAAGAAAUUGUAAUGGAAAUUGUAGACAAAUGUAACACCAAAUAAAUAUUGUUAUGCAACAUUAA